AGUGUGGCCCCAGAAGUGCCACCUGUCAGUGCUCAUCAGUGCCACGUGCCAGUGCCCAUCAGUGCCACCCAUCAGUGCUGCCAAUCAGUGCCGCCUAUCAGUGCGCGUCAGUGCCGCCUGUCAGUGCCACCUAACAGUGCCAGUCAGUGCCGCCUAUCAGCGCCAGUCAGUGCCGCCUAUCAGUGCCAUAUAUCAGUGCCAUGUAUCAGUGCUGCCUUUCAGUGCCCAUCAGUGAUGCCUGUCAAUGCCCAUCAGUGCAACCUACCAGUGCCUCCUCAU